AUGAGUCUGGAAGUCCAGAUGCCGGGGGUUGGAUCAUCGCGUGCAGGAUCCACGAGCUCUGGUCUCAGACUCGCAGAACGGUGGUAUUAUGACUCCACUCCACCCAUACCGGACCAGAGUGAUCAUUUUCCAUAUCUCAUGCUAGACACAAGGCUCCGUCCUAGGCGAGAUAAACGCAGGGAGGAAUCAAAUCCGGCGCCUAGGCUUAAGAGAGAGCUGUCAGACGACUCUUCUACAAGUUCAGCGGCGGUUAAGAACCGAAGAAUACUCAAAGUUUCAACCCAACGGCUCAGGGGAGCCGAUCAGGCUUGCGUCAAUUCGACCAGAAUCUGUGAGACAAAUACGAGUGCAUCAAUCCCCGCCAAUGUUGAAACCCCGCAUGGAAACACCAGAAACACGGAUAUACAGGACAAUCCAGUUUCCAUCAGAGAGACUAAAUCAGACAUGGGUCUUCUGAAGCGGCAGAAUGACCUGCUGAAGCGGGAGAUCGACCUCAUAAGCAUCCGCCGCGACAGGAAAAUUGUUUCUUUACAGGAAAAUGUGACCUGUCUCCAAGAAUUCAACAAAGAACUCAAUACAAUGCUGGGCCAAUACAGAGAAAUGAAGGAAGUUGAGACCCAUGCGUCUGGGGUACUGGCAGAUGAAGUCAUGGAACUGAGAGCAAAACUCAGACAAAGAGACGAGCAAUUAGAAGGAAAAAUCCACCAGAUUUCUACACUUGACGAGCAGCUUAGCGCUCAUGAGGGGAUGAUACAAAUCAAGGAAGAUUGGCGUCUCGAUUUUACUUGUUCCUCAAGCUUCUCAAAGGCUUUGGCUGAACUGGAAGGAAGGACCCGGCGCUUAGCAGACAUGCUUGCGCAAUGUUUAUCGAGGCAGAAGAUCUCAAAAAUGCGUAAAAAGCCACGCAAGGAAAAGUUACUUCAUAGCUUCGUUAAACGCCUACUUGGAACAGUGGGCGUUCUGGAUACCAAUCCAAUUGAGGCGAUGCGCGCCUUAAUCUUUGGUUUUGUGCGAGAUCGGAUAUUUUUCUCUGAAUGCUGGACAGCUCUACACUCUGAGGGCUAUAUACUGCGAGAAUUACAACAGUUGAUACGAAAGACCUCCCCUCCUGGUACCUUGGAAUCACUGCACAGAGCUUCUGUUGAAUCAAUGCUCAACGAUGAUCAUCAGUUUAAGCAUUGUUGGAUCCAAAAGGAAGUGGAAGAUACCCAAACUCAGUUCCUGAGGCUAUUCUGCCCGUUGUUCGAUACUCAGGUGUUUGAAGAAGUCAAGCAUCAGAUCACCAGAGACUUGGGAAUCGCUUUUGAAGGUGCUUUUGAAGCCCGUGCUCGGUUCAUACCGCCUGAGGGGUCUCGGUAUAGACUGUUACACUUCAAGGCUGGGGAAAAAUUCGAUCCUGCUUAUAUGAAGAUCGAAGAAACCAAUUCAAAAGCAACUUCUGCAAUUUCCCAUCGAGGUAUUCAUCGGAUUAAGGCAGGCAUGUCGUUGACCCUGUCCCAGGGUCCCCUCUUCAGUAGCUACUAA